AUGGCGCAAACAGUAGGGAGUUACACGAAUCCUCUCCGGAAAUUCAAGCUGGUGUUCCUGGGAGAGCAAAGUGUCGGCAAAACCUCCCUCAUAACGCGCUUCAUGUACGACUCCUUUGACAGCACCUACCAAGCCACCAUUGGCAUCGAUUUCCUUUCCAAAACCAUGUAUCUUGAGGACCGCACAGUUCGCCUUCAAUUGUGGGAUACAGCCGGCCAAGAACGUUUCCGCUCGCUCAUUCCUUCCUACAUUCGCGAUUCCUCCGUUGCGGUGGUGGUGUACGAUGUUACGAGCCAGAAGUCUUUCGCACAGACGCGGAAGUGGGUGGAUGAUGUGCGGGGAGAGAGAGGGAACGAUGUCAUUAUCGUGUUGGUGGGCAAUAAGACGGAUCUGAAUGAGAAGAGGGAAGUCACGGCUGUUCAGGGCGAGGAAGAAGCGAAAAGACUGGGAUGCAUGUUUGUGGAGACGAGUGCAAAGGUUGGACAUAAUGUCAAGGGGUUGUUCAAGAAGAUUGCUCAGGCGCUGCCAGGACUGGAGGGUGAGGGCGUGCAGGCCCAAGCGAACACUAUUGAUGUCAAUGUCAACCAGACGAAGCCGGAGAGUGAGGGUGGGUGCAACUGCUGA